AUGAAGCAAAUGGAGACUAGGAACAACGUGACCGAGUUUGUGCUCCUGGGGCUCACACAGAACUCAGACAUGCAGAAAGCCAUAUUCACUUUGUUCUUGGUUGUCUACAUCGUCUCUGUUUUGGGAAAUGUUCUCAUUGUGGUCACCAUUAUAAACAGCCCAUUAUUGGGGUCCCCUAUGUACUUCUUCCUGGCCUAUCUCUCUUUUAUUGAUGCCUGCUACUCUUCUGUCAACACCCCUAAACUGAUUGUAGAUUCACUCCAUGAAAGGAAGACCAUCCUAUUCAAUGGAUGCAUGACUCAAGUCUUCGGGGAACAUUUCUUUGGAGGUACUGAGGUCAUCCUGCUAACUGUGAUGGCCUAUGACCGUUAUGUGGCCAUCUGCAAGCCCCUGCACUACACGACCAUCAUGAACCGACAACUAUGUAAACUGCUGGUGGGAGUGUCAUGGGUGGGAGGCUUUCUUCAUGGGAUCAUACAGAUCUUUUUCAUUAUUGGACUACCUUUCUGUGGCCCUAAUGUCAUAGAUCACUUCAUGUGUGAUCUGAACCCUUUGCUUGAUCUGGCCUGCACUGAUACCCAUAUAUUGGGGCUGUUUGUUGCUGCAAACAGUGGGUUCCUCUGUAUGUUAAACUUCCUCCUUCUGAUGGUCUCCUAUGUUGUCAUCCUGUGCUCUCUAAGAAGCCACAGUGUAGAGGGGAGAGGCAAGGCCCUCUCCACAUGUGUCUCCCACAUCACAGUAGUUGUCUUAUUCUUUGUACCCUGCAUUUUUGUAUACAUGAGACCUGCAGCUACUUUGCCUAUUGAUAAAGCAGUUGCUAUGUUCUAUACUAUGAUAACUCCUAUGUUAAACCCUUUAAUCUAUACCUUAAGAAAUGCUCAGAUGAAAAAUGCCAUUGGGAGAUUGUUUAGUAGGAAAAUCCAGUCCCAGAACAAAUAA